AUGGUAUUCCGCUCCCCCCUAGACCUCUAUUCCUCCCACUUCUUGUUGCCAAACUUCGCGGAUCCUCAUCACCGCUCCCUACUUCUGGCGAGUAGCGGCGGCGGGAACGGUGCGGGCGGCGGCGGCGCGGGCGGCGGCGGCGGCGGCGGCGGCGGGAACUGUGCGGGAGGCGGCGGUGCUGGCGGAGCAGGCGGCGGCGGCAGCGGCGGCGGCUCCAGGGCCCCCCCGGAAGAGUUGUCCAUGUUCCAGCUGCCCACCCUCAACUUCUCGCCGGAGCAGGUGGCCAGCGUCUGCGAGACGCUGGAGGAGACGGGCGACAUCGAGCGGCUGGGCCGCUUCCUCUGGUCGCUGCCCGUGGCCCCCGGGGCGUGCGAGGCCAUCAACAAGCACGAGUCGAUCCUGCGCGCGCGCGCCGUGGUCGCCUUCCACACGGGCAACUUCCGCGACCUUUACCACAUCCUGGAGAACCACAAGUUCACCAAGGAGUCCCACGGCAAGCUGCAGGCCAUGUGGCUCGAGGCGCACUACCAGGAGGCCGAGAAGCUGCGCGGCCGCCCGCUUGGCCCGGUGGACAAGUACCGCGUGCGCAAGAAGUUCCCGCUGCCGCGCACCAUCUGGGACGGCGAGCAGAAGACGCAUUGCUUCAAGGAGCGGACUCGGAGCCUGCUGCGGGAGUGGUACCUGCAGGACCCCUACCCCAACCCCAGCAAGAAACGCGAACUGGCGCAGGCCACCGGCCUCACUCCCACACAAGUAGGCAACUGGUUUAAGAACCGGAGGCAGCGCGACCGCGCCGCGGCGGCCAAGAACAGGCUUCAACACCAGGCCAUCGGGCCGAGCGGCAUGCGUUCGCUGGCCGAGCCCGGCUGCCCCACGCACGGCUCCGCAGAGUCGCCGUCCACGGCAGCCAGCCCCACCACCAGCGUGUCCAGCCUGACGGAGCGCGCGGACACCGGCACCUCCAUCCUCUCGGUAACCUCCAGCGACUCGGAAUGUGAUGUAUGAUAGCCAAGGCCGCCCUCCUCCCCCUCCCCCUCUCCCUUCCU